UACGGGGCUAUGGCCUCGUUUUCAACAUUGACCGCAUCAAAAUGGCUACCUAUAGACGCCGUCUGAAUUGACUGUGUUAUUGCAUCACUUCCGGGAAAUAAGGUCAAAAAUUGUUUCCCUUGUCCGCCAUUUGAAAUAUUUGAACUUCCUUGUGACAACUUCCAAUGUACGUUUUGGUUUACACUGAACAAUUAUCAGAGGAUCUGGGCGAAUAGUCGUAGUUUUUGCGUCUCAUGCACGUUGGGUUUCCGACGUCGGCUGUUUUCUUACCCGAUUGGAACAAAAAAGCGUAGAAAAGUGUGCGAAUGCUGCGCGUAUUCGAAACGUGUUCAACAACGGAACGCGGUAAAGUUUUUGCAUGAGUUGAACGCUGCUUGCGGAUAAGGAGAGGCGAAGGGAAGGCCUGUGAAGCCUGGGCUUUUUUCUUGCGCUAGUCAUGGCCGGAAAUUUUGAUUCGGAGGACCGAGGGAGCUGGUAUUGGGGGAGAUUAAGCCGGCAAGAGGCGGUUUCGCUGCUCCAAGGGCAGAGGCAUGGAGUGUUCCUGGUGCGGGACUCGAUCACUAUUCCCGGGGACUACGUGCUGUCUGUGUCGGAGAACUCCAAAGUCUCUCAUUACAUAAUAAACAGCAUCAGCAGCAGCAGCAACCGCCAGUCUGGACCAGGACUCGCUCCUCCUCGGUUCCGUAUUGGAGAUCAGGAAUUUGAUGCCUUACCUGCGCUCUUGGAGUUCUAUAAGAUCCACUACCUGGAUACCACCACUCUCAUUGAGCCCAUCAGCAAAGCCAAGCACUCGUCCUUUAUCAGCGUCAAUGCAGGAACAGGAGGAGCUCCUCAGAGGCUGGAAGAGGAGUACGUCCGAGCUCUCUUUGACUUCCCCGGCAAUGAUGAUGAGGACCUUCCGUUUCGAAAGGGCGAUAUUCUUAGAGUUCUGGAGAAGCCGGAGGAGCAGUGGUGGAACGCUCAGAAUUCAGAAGGCCGUGUCGGCAUGAUCCCAGUGCCCUACGUGGAGAAGUACCGGCCGGCCUCGCCAACAUCAGGUGGCCCUGGAGGGUCUGUUGGAGGAUCCGGAGCUCACGGUAACUCCGACGGCCAUGGUUCUCAGUCUCAACCUCUGCUUGGCGAGCCAGGCCAAUAUGCCCAGCCGACAUCCUUACCCAAUCUACAGAAUGGUCCGGUUUAUGCCAGGGCGAUUCAGAAGAGAGUUCCCAAUGCCUAUGAUAAGACUGCUCUUGCUUUGGAGGUCGGCGACAUGGUGAAGGUGACCAAGAUCAAUGUAAACGGUCAGUGGGAGGGUGAGUGCAAGGGAAAGCAUGGCCAUUUUCCCUUUACCCACGUCCGCUUGCUGGACCAGCACAAUCCAGAGGACGAACUGAGCUGAGAGAGCAGACUGUCUUCCCUAGCAGCCCUUAGAUGUACACUCACUUACACACACACAUACACAUACUCACACACUCUGGCUCCUCACACUUCCUCACUACUGCCCUUUACCUGUCCGCCUCGUCAUUACCUUGUGCCAUUGUGUCUCAUGCCAACGUUCACCAUACCUGCAACAAUUCCCUUACUAGAUUUUAUGCAAUAAUUGAAGAUAUUUACCAAGUAAACACUAAAUUCCACACACAACACCAUACACUACAGAGAGAGGAGCAUUAGUGUGUGGCUUCUUGUGAACUGACAAAAGAGGAAGAAGCCUGCUUGGACUUAAAACAUGAGCGGUUUGGUGUCUUAACAAGGGACUGUUCCUUUGCUUCUUUGAAUGCGGUAGCAUACACUACUUAGUGUCCUAGAACACAGCAGCUUUCACACUACAAAUCAUCUACCACAUGAAAAUAUUCAGAAAUGCAGAUCAAACAUGCUUUGAAUAGUUUUUAGUCUUUUUCAUUGGCUUGUCAGUCGUUACUGGCUCAGCACCGGUCAGUUGUGUCAUGAAGCGGUUCUUACCGGGGAGGUACAUUAUAUAAAAGAUGGAGUAGCCCGAACCCUCACAGCAUUUAGUUUUAUUUAUGCACAUUUCUAAUGUAUACAAGAUGGGCCAUGCAUCGUUAUUCACUACCGCUAACUUUGUUUUACUACAUUUUCAUUAUAUAUUAUCAGGAAAUGCUACUUGCUCCUUUCACCAUUAUUGCUGUACUUGGAAGUAUUACACUAAAUGCGGAUUUGUUGAAUGUGUAACACUAAUUUCUAAUGCUAGACUCAAUACGUCAACAUAAGAUAGACUUAAAUGAUUUUUUUUUGUUUUUAAAUAAAAAUCCAACAUUGUGACUUUUCCACUUAAAAUAACCAAUGUGUUUUUGCCAAAACUUCCCUUGCCAAGGUAGGAAAUACAGUAAGUGGUUGUUGUAGCGACACUCUACUACUACUCUCCAAAGCUACUUUAAUAUUAGAUAAAGAUAUUUCAAAAACAACCCAGCUAUCUUUACAAUAACACAGUAGGAUCAUAUGAAGAGUCACACUAAUGUGCAAAGUCUAACCUGAUGCCUCAAAUGUGUUUUGCUCAAUUGAUUUUGCACAAACGAGUAGCCUUUAUCUAUGAUUGGUUUAUCUGGCUAUUGAUUUUUUGUUUUGAAACAUCAGCCUCCAUCAUGCCUGUAUUAUCUAUUUCAUUGCAGAAAUAUAGUGCAUUUUGUCCUUUAAUGCCCAAGUAAGACGUUGCUUUCCUAAUUGCCUGCCUUAAUUGCAGAUUGUUGUCAAUGACCAAAUCAGCAAUGUCUUUAGCCUAAUUAGUUAAUAGCAACAUGUGGGGAAAAGUGGAGUAUAUUUUGUUCAACCUUGCAGAAAAGUUUCUUUUAACCAACUUCCAUUACUAAUGACUGUAUUUGGAGAAUAGAAAUUGAAUGUCUGUGAACAAAUGUAUCAAUUAUAACACUAAUAGACAGGCUACAAGAACACUUAUCAAAUGUUAAUAUUUUUACCCUUUACCUUUAUUUGUUGUUACUUUUAAAAAGAAAAAAGUUGACUAACUUUGUUUGGUAACAAUGACAAUCACCUGGAAACUUUUCUGUUAUGUCACAUCUAAAUGUUAGAAAGCUAUGUCGUGUAUGUGUGUAGGUUAGCUGUAUGUUGUCAUGAUGUGACAGCAAGCCGGCCAUGUUAUGUAAUUGUCACACAAGUCGUAAUUAUGAAGGACUUUGAUGUUCAUGAUCUGUCUUAUUAACUGUCUAUAUUUCAGUCAGAAAUGACAUUGAUGAAAUUAGAUCACUAAAAUCAGUCACAAAGCAAAGCUGGAGUCUUGUAAGUCUGAACUCUCACCUGUGUCCUGUGAGAAUGAUUUCACCUCAAAACGCUCCACUUUCGUCUAUGACUGAGUUGAAAGAGUAAUCGCAAGUCGUCUCUGUACAUUUUAAUUGUACCCAAAGUAUUAUGUUUAGAACCUAAAUAUCAACACGGUAAUUUUGUGAAAUUAAUCUUGUGUUAUCCUUUAUGUGCAUCCAAGUCUGUCAGAACAGUGUUUUAAGUCACACAAAAAAAUCCUACGUUUUUGUUACAGUUUUAUUCCUGUACAUGAAAUAAAGUUGACCCCUAUAGUAAUGCUACUCAAA